UGAAUUGACUGAAUUGCCCCUAUCUCCGAACGUUAAAACCAUCCGCUCCGUUUUUUUCUCUCUCUCAACCGGUAUAUAAGCUUCGUUUUUUUUUUCCGGCCAUAUUCUGUGAGAGAGACCAAAGGAACCAGCGACGGGAAAACAGCCCUUAACCACUCUCUCUCUCUACAAGCUCCGAUACUUCUCUCUAUCUCUGAAAUUUCCCCCUUAAUAUUCCCAGUUGCGGAGUUCUUUAGGAAUCCGGCAACUCCUUCUGUAAUCGGCUGUUUUGAAUCUCUGGUAAAUGGUGUGUGUGACGGCCUCUUGAGACGACGAACGGAACUGGUCUCUGGUCUAGGAGAAUGCGGUCCGAGAGAUCGAAACCUCUUCACAAUUUCAUGUUGCCGUGUUUGAAGUGGGGGAAUCAGAAGCACUUGAGGUGCAUGAAGGUAAAUUCUAAUGGCGUAAACGUUUCCGGCGUGAAUCGCCAAUCUCACUCCUCGAGAUCGGAGGAGUCUACCGAGAGUAGGAGCCGGGAAUCAGCAUCGGAGAUGCGGAUGUUCUUGAAGGAUUUGGAGAUGAGACCGAAGGUUUCGAAAUCGAGAAUCAAGAAAACUGACGACGAUGGGAUCGAGGCGGUCAGAGAGAAGCUAAUGUUUGAUCUGAAGACGGCGGCGGAUAAAAUGAAAGAGGCGAUUCUAAGCAAGGAGGCGGCGGUGGCCGGAGAAGAGGCGGAGGAGAAGAACAAUGAUUCUGCCAGAAUGGAGGAGACGCCGGCGGCUGUUGCGUUGUCGAUGGCAGAGGCCAGACCUUGGAAUCUGAGGACGAGGAGAGCCGCUUGUAAGGCUCCUAAAGUAGACGGUGGUGGUGGAAGUAAGAAUUUGAAGAUUGACGAGAAGAAAUCAAAUUCCAAUUCCCCGUUGCGAAGCGACGGUGGCGCCGAGUCGCCCAGGCUGAAAAUUGGGCCGGAGAAGAAGAAGAAGAAGGCGAAAUUGGUAGUACCGCUCUCGAAGAGAGAGAUCGACGAAGAUUUCAUGGAAAUGGUGGGGCUCAGACCACCGAAGCGGCCCAAGAAGAGGACCAGAACCGUACAAAAGCAAUUAGAUACGCUUUUCCCUGGGUUAUGGCUGUCGGAGAUCACAGCCGAUUUGUACAAGGUCCCUGAAUUACCUGAAAACAGCAAGGUGAUGAAGGUUUAAAGUUCUACUUCUCUGGUCUUUUUCUGAUUCCUGUGCCGACUCCAAGAGUAAUUCAUGAGGCUAAUUGGUGAUCAUUCUCUAUUCAUUGGGAGUCUGGUAUCAACCACUGUUGAAUCCCACCCAAUAACUCGCGGUGUAUGCUCCUCCUCUUCUUUCAAAUGCUAAUUUUUGUUCAUAAAUUAAUUUGAUUUCGCUUUUGCCAGUCGUGGAAUAAUUCACGAAGAAUAGGUUUAGUGGAAUUUGGGAUUGGAUAAAAGGACAUUUUCUUCAAUGAUCUUGAGUAGUGAGUGAUACAAUGUCUUCAAGAAAUGAUUUGUGUAGCCAUACUGUUAUCAUGUUGACAAUAUUGAUGCACAUUCAUGUAGUUAGUUAGUCACUUACAGAAUAGAUUGGAUCAACUUCUGUGAGAAAUGUCAAAAUGAUUGUGUUAAUAAGAGAUAGAUUCAUCAUUUAUUGUUUCAGUAGAAUGCCUUCUUUUUAGCUCUAGGAAGCAACUUUCUUCUUGCACUAUCAUCAUAGUUUGAAGAUUUGGUAUCCUUUUACUUCCGGGAUUAGUGUCUUUUGUUCUGAAAUUGUGGCAACCUAAACCCAAGCUUACCUUUGUCUAGUUUUUACAAACAAUGAGACCUAAGGACUGAAACCCAUCUGCUGGAUUUACCUAAAUCGACCUACGGAUGGUAGUUAGUCAAAGCUCUAGUAGGUAACAACUCCCUUCUUCUUCUGAUAACAAAGAGCUCCCCCGUCCUCCCUAACCGCUGCUGCUUGUGCUCUGGUGUAUUGAAAGCAACAAUCCGGGGUGGUAGAUAAGAAGAGCAGUGUUGAGUUCAAGUUGGGUGUACUUCAAUCAAAAUUUGGUGUAUUUGAUUGAGCUUCUGAAAGUGUUAGUUUCUGAGGGUGUGUGUGUUUUACUUAGAAAAAGGGGUUAGGAGGAAACUUGUUUUGUUGUUUUCCUAAUUAUUACCCAAAAACAAUAGAAGAAAAGAUAAAAAGUACAAAUUGUUGAGAAUGAAAGGAGGAUAUGAAGGGCAAUUGGUCUCUCAUUUGAAGGUAGUUUGAAUAAGAUAAAACGAUUAGGUAGCCACUAAACAUUUUUAAACUAUGAAUGGAAAAAGACACUAAUUUUAAA